AUGGGUAAGAAAACAAAAAUUGGCAAACAACGUCGCGAUAAAUAUUAUCAUCUAGCAAAGGAGACAGGGUACCGAUCACGUGCAGCAUUCAAAUUAAUACAGCUUAAUAAAAGAUUUGAAUUUUUGCAAAAGUCUAGGGCAGUUGUGGACUUAUGUGCAGCUCCAGGAGGCUGGCUUCAGGUUGCUUCACAAAAUAUGCCAGUGUCAUCUCUUUGCAUAGGCGUAGAUUUAGUACCAAUUAAACCAGUAAAUAGAUGUAUUACAUUGCAAGGCGACAUCACCACGGAAAAAACUAGACAAAUGAUUCGAAAAGAAUUGCGGGGUUGGGAAGCGGAUUGUGUUUUGCAUGAUGGCGCGCCUAAUGUUGGUCGCAAUUGGAUUCAAGACGCAUUUCAACAAAAUUGUUUGACAUUAUCGGCAUUGAAGCUUACAACUCAGAUAUUAUCGAAAAAUGGCAUUUUCGUUACUAAAGUUUUCCGAUCGAGUGAUUACCACAAUUUGAUAGCAGUCUUUGAAAAACUCUUUAAGCAGGUGCAUGUAUGGAAACCAGCUGCAUCGCGUCUAGAAUCUGCAGAAAUCUUUGUUGUAUGCGAGAAAUACAUUAAACCUGCAAACCUCAAUCAAGAUUUAUUAGAUUCUAAAAAAGUUUUUGCUGAAACAACAGAACAAUCAGUUGUUUCAAAUCCGCAAUUACUUCUGCAACCGCUCAAAAAGUUAAAAAAAGUGAAAGCGAUAGGUUAUGAAAAUGGAUCUGUUUCACUGCAUAAAACUAUAAAUGCUACAGAUUUUAUACAAAGCACCAGUUAUUUGGAACUUUUGGCUUCGGCUUAUAAAAUUGUUCUUGAUAAUGAGAAGUGGGUAAAUGAUGAACUGACAACAGACGAAGUAAAAUGUUGCUUGGAAGAUGUAAAGGUGUGUGGCCCGAGAGAGCUACGAUUGAUUUUGCAGUGGAGACGCAAAAUUCUUAAAAAAAUCAGUGAGGAGCUGGGAAAAGAAGUGGAAACUGUGGUUAAUGAUCCCACAGCAGUGUUAACUACAGAGGAUGAACGGAUGGCAGAAAUUGAAAAUCAGCUACUACUAGCACAGGCAGAAGAAAAAGCUGCUCUCAAAAAAAAGAAGCGGAAACUGUUGAAAGAAAAAGCUGAUUUUGAAAAAAAGAAAAAAUUGAAGAUGGUAAAUGAAGAUGAUUCAUAUGAAAUUCCAGAAGAGCAGGAGUUAUUUUCAUUGAAGAAACUUGCUAGGGCAAAGAAUCAACAAAGUACAGCAUUUUCUGAUUCUUAUAGUGGUGAAAGUCACGAGGAUAGUAAUGACGAAGAUAGUAGCAGUAAUAGUGAUCUUUCUGGAAUCGAUGAUAUUGAGGAACUUUACCACGAGCAAGAUCCAAGUAUGUCAAAAGUAGAGAAAAAAGAGGCUCGAAAAACCGAAUGGUUCGAAAGAAGUAAAGUCGAUGAAUUGAUAGAUGACGAUGAAGAUGCUGUAAAGGCUGUCGAAAAAUUUAUGAAGAACAAGAUUGUUGGUAUUAAAAAAGAUGGCGUCAUAUCAGAGCAACAAACCGAACAAGAAGAAUUAUGCUUGAAUGUGCAGGGCGUUCCAGGAAAUCACUUUAAACUAAAUAAUGAAGAACAGAAGAGUACAGUGGCUUCGUCUGUUUUUGUUAAGGAUGAGGAAACUGAUGAAGAAUACUCUGAAGGUGAGGCCGCCCAGCGGAACGCCGCUUUAGGUUUGGUUGGCACUAAUAAACAAGCUCACUAUUUUUUUGAAGGCGAGACGCAGAAACUCUCACCAGAGUUACUUGCUCUUGGAGAACAGUUGAUAUACUCGUCAAAAACAAGACGAGAUUUGGAAGAUUGGGGUUGGAAUAGGUAUGCUAAUAAUGAUGAAGGUCUACCCGAUUGGUUCAUGGAAGAUGAAAAAAAACAUUUUCGUAAGGAGCUCCCAGUUUCGAAAAGUAGAGUAGAUUUUUACAAAAAUCGCAUGCGGGAUAUCAACACAAGAACUAUCAAAAAAGUUGCUGAGGCAAAAGCGCGCAAAAAAAGACGACGUGAGCGAAGACUGCAGUCAGCAAAGCAAAGAGCGGAAGUUAUUCUUGAAAAUGAUAAUAUGGAGCAGGCAGAGAAAAUUCGAGAAGUGAGAAAAUUAUAUCGUAAAACAGCGAGAUCUUUAACUGAAAAGAAAAAAGUGACUUAUGCAGUCGUGACGAAAGGUAAACGAGGAUGCCUGUCUAGACCAAAAGGACCGUACAAAGCUGUAGAUGCGCGACUGAAAAAAGAUAAUCGGCGUCUGAAGCAAAUGAACCGUAAGAAAGGACAUAGACCCUCUGGUGAUAGGCACAAGAAGAGAAAUACUUGA